AUGGGAAACAACCGUGGACAUGGACCCCUGCACGGUCACAUGCUCGUAUACCUGAACGCCCCUCUGGCGCGCCCUUCGCGCCUCGAUAAACAUCUCCACUCCACCACCACCGCCCAGCCUACCGAUCCCUACACGGCCUGGGUCGCCAGCUUCGCCUCUCUCAGGCGCAUCCUCGUAGGCGCACUUGCCUGUCCGGCACUCCCAGCGUUUCCCGGCAUCAUGUCCACCCGACGUCGCGUCCCUGCGAGCCCCCGGGUCAUCUCACCGUCGCCCGAUCCUUCGGAACAUGAACUCGACACCUCGCAGGGCCCCGUCACACGCUCUGCUGCUAGGAAUCGCAGAGCGGCAUCGCAGACCCUGCAGGACGAGGACAGCAACUCGGACGAAACACCGGGCCAUCGUCGAUCGCGCACGCGGAGUCGCUCCCCCAUUGACACGCGCGCCAUUCAGCGCAUGACGCCGCGCCGGCCCAAGAAGCCAUCUUCCUCCAAGAUUGUGGAGGAAGUCGAGGAAGAGUCGGCAGCAACAACAACAGAAGUCACUCCCUCUGUGAGCAAACCGCCCAAUGGGAAAGCCACGACGACAAACGGCCAUCUGGCACCGCCCGAGCCGAGUUUCGCUGGCUGGACAUGGCGCGACUUUAGUCGCAGCCCCAGUCCCCUCGGCCUGAUCCCCAUCCACCGACACUGGAGGACGUUUGUGCACAAGCACGAGGUGCCCCGCAAGGUGCUGCACGUCUCCAUCGGCUUCUUCGUCGUCUGGCUCUACGUCGGUGGCACGCAGACGAGCGCGGUGCCUCCGUAUCUCAUGUCGGCCCUCGUGCCCAUUGCCGCGACCGACUGGCUCCGCCACCGCUACGCGUCCGUGAACCGCUUCUACGUCAAGGCGCUGGGGGCCCUCAUGCGCGAGAGCGAGUACGCGGGCUGGAACGGUGUCAUCUGGUACCUUCUCGGUGCCUGGACCGUCCUCUUCUUCUUCCCCAAGGACGUGGGUGUCAUGAGCGUGCUGCUGCUUAGCUGGUGCGACACGGCCGCGAGCACCUUUGGUCGGUUGUGGGGACGCUACACGCCCAGGUUGCGCCGCGGCAAGUCCCUCGCCGGCUCGUCAGCCGCGUUCCUCGUGGGCAUUGCCACGUCCUACUUCUUCUACGGAUGGUUGGUCCGCUCCAUUGGGCCGAUGCCUGGCGACGAGAACUUUUUGUUCCAGGGCGCGCUGCGGCUGCCGGCCACCGUGUCGAACGCACUCGGCCUUUCCCCUGAGAAGGCUACUAUUACGGGCUCCCUCGCGCUUGGCGUCAUGGGCGUCUGGUCCGGCUUCGUGGCGUCGGCCAGUGAGGUUGUGGACUUGUUUGGAUGGGAUGACAACCUCACCAUCCCGGUGCUGAGCGGGCUGGGGCUCUGGGGCUUCCUCAAGGUCUUCACCUGA